AUGCCUUCUGGUCUCCAAGCCGACGGCACGUUUCUGUGCAAGCCGUGCCAGAUCAGGUUUCCGACAUGGGAGCGGCUUCUAAAGCAUAAAGAUAUUAUGCGACGCGCUGGCAAGGCCAAACACAUUCAUUGCAAGUUCUGUGGCAUGGACUUCAAGACUGAGGUCGCCCACAUGACGCACAUCCACCAGAGCCACCCCCAGGCACAGGACCUUCAGUGCCCAGGAUGCAACCAGGGCCCCUUUGCCAAGCUAGGUGGCCUCCUCCAUCAUAUCCAGAACGAAUGUAGCACCCUGGAUGUGUCGUUCCUGGAGCACCUUCGUGAGGAGAAGAUGGAGUUUGCCACCCAGCUCCAGGCCAUGACCAACGAGCCCGUCAAGGCAAACUACGGACACUAUAUGCCUGCCGCUAGCGGUGGUAGCUACGACUACGAAGAGGUUGAGAGCAAGAUCGAGGCCUUCAAGCUUGAGAAGAAGGAGUUCCCCGAUCUCUGCAAGCCCGAGUCCACCGUCGACCAUACCGACAACAAGGAGAACAUUGCGCCCUGGGAGUGGGAUUCGGGCAAGAAGCUGUUCCCUGACGCGCCCCCAGCGGAGAAGCCCACAAAGGAACAGCUGGAGGCGGCUGCUGCCCCUGGGCCACAGGAUUGGGAUGAAUGGUUGAAUGUUAAUGAUCCAACCCAUCCCAAGUUCAAUGUCGCCCGGUACUACCAGCCUAUCAUUGACAAGUACGUCUGUCCCGUCAUAGGAUGCGGAAAAACCUUCAAGAACUCCCGCGGCAUCAUCGGACAUCUCAAGUCGCCAACUCACUCGGGAACCAAGUACCGCUGCCCCUACUGCCUCCGGACUUUCAAUUCACUUGCCGCCAUCACUUCGCAUGCAGAGGACAGCAGUGUCAGAUGCCGAGUGCGCGAAACUGACACGUAUGGCGCCUUGAUCGACCAGCUGACGGGUGGUCUGGCGGAUGUCUCUGUUCGCCGCCAUGAUGACGGCACUGUCAAGUAUGAGGUUUCCAAGAACUUCCGCCGCAAGGAGCCAGAGCCUUCCAAGCCUCAGCCUCCCAAGUCGGAGCCGCUCAAGACUGAGCUUUUCAAGCCUCAGCCACCCAAGGCUAAGGAGCCAGAGCUUGUUAAGCCCGAGCCCUUUAAGUCUCAGCCGUUCAAGCCCCUCGAGACCGAGCUUUCCAAGUCUAAGUCUGUCAAGCCCCUCAAGGCUGAACUACUCAAGCCAGAGUCUUCCAAGCUUCUCCCGGUCAAAACAACGCCUCUCAGACCUCAGCCUCUCAAGACUGGGUCUUACGCACUGGUGCCUCUUAAGCCUCAGUCGGUCAAGACUGAGCCCUCCAAGCCUCAACUCCUCAAGACGGAGCUCUCCAAGCCUCUGCCCCUCAAGGCCGAGCUACUAAAGACUAAGCAGUUCCAGCCUAGCUUCGAGGAGUUUGAGAUUGAUCCUUGGACUGGCAGCCAGAUCACCCGGUCAAGUGCUAAAUGA